GCUCCUCGCUGACUCCGACGCCAUCAACGACGCCAUCAACGACCACAGUCUAUGCUUCGCGCCGCCCCCUCGCUGCUCCGCCGCAGCGCUCGCGCGUACUCGUCCUCGUCGUCGCACGUCAAGGUCGCCGUCCUCGGCGCCGCCGGCGGCAUCGGCCAGCCGCUCUCGCUGCUGUGCAAGCUGUCCGACUCGAUAGACGAGGUUGCUUGCUAUGACGUCGUCGGCACGCCGGGCGUGGCGGCCGACCUCUCGCACUGCCCGACCAAGGCGGUGAUCACCGGGGACCUGCCCUCGGCCGGCACCUGGCCGCCGUCGGGCAACAGCGGCCUCGAGCGGACGCUGACAGGCGCGAGCGUGGUUGUUAUCCCUGCGGGCGUGCCGCGCAAGCCGGGCAUGACGCGCGACGACCUGUUCAACACGAACGCGUCGAUCGUGCAGACGCUGGUCGAGGGAUGCGCAAAGUACUGCCCCGACGCGACGCUCGCCAUCAUCUCCAACCCCGUCAACUCUACUGUGCCGAUCGCCGCAGAGGUGCUGAAGAAGGCGGGCGUGUACAAGCCGGCGAAGCUGUGCGGCGUGACGACGCUCGACGUGUGCCGCGCCAACACCUUUCUGGCGGAGAAGCUGGGAUGCUCGCCUAAGGACAUCGACGUGACGGUCAUCGGCGGGCACGCGGGCAUCACCAUCCUGCCGCUGCUCUCGCAGGUGCCGGGCGCUUCGUCGCUCCCGGCCGAUGUGCUCGACGCUCUGACGGUGCGGAUCCAGUUCGGCGGCGACGAGGUGGUCAAGGCCAAGGCUGGGUCCGGUUCCGCGACGCUCUCGAUGGCAUACGCCGGCUACCUCUUCACUGAGGGCGUCAUCAAGGCGAUGCGCGGCGAGGAGGUAGUGCAGUGCGCGUACGUCGAGUCCACCCUCACCUCGGCGCAGUACUUCGCGUCCCCCUGCAAGUUUGGCCCUGACGGCGGCGUUGCCGAGGUGCUGCCCUUCGGCCCGCUCUCGAGCUACGAGCAGGGAUGGCUCGACAAGCUGCUGCCCGACCUGCAGAAGCAGAUUGACAAGGGCAUCAGCUUCGUCAAGUAGACCGGAGAGCGACCCCCUACCUCCCCUCGCCGCGCGGGAGAAGGCCGCCCUGAGGGCUCUCUCCCGCGGGCGGCAGAGCGCCUGCGCCCUCUCCGGACCUCGCCCCCCGUCGCCGCGCGUCGCAUGAAUCAAAUUCAUGGCAUGAACGCUGGGGCCUUUCGCCUUUCGGCGUGUGUGGGCAGGGGCAGCCUGGGGAGAGCGUGUGGUGCCGGCGAGUUCGACGUACAUUGUCCUCUCUCUCCGUACGCUCAUCGCUCUCUCUCCCGUCCGCUCGGCUCUGCCUCUGUCCCGUCGGGCUGUUUUUAUUUUGCAAAAACUCGCGGGAGCAAAUC